AUGCUCAAAAUUUCGGCAAUUUUUGUGAUUUCAAUCGGAAUCGUGGCAAGUUUGCCGUUUUCCGCCACCAAACUUGAACUUGAUCCCAAGGUUCAAUGCGCGGUUUGUCAGUUUUUGGCGACGGGAAAUUUUAGUGGUGGGUUUUUUAUUGUUAGACGCGUGCGGCUGUGCGUCGCGGUCGGACGUGGCAAAGUUGCGUGCGGCUGUGCGUCGCGCUAGGAAAGCAAAAUUUCCCAAUUUCUUCCCGACCGCGACGCACAGCCGCACGCGCAGCCAAAGUUUUGAACUUCUUCUGAAUUAUGACGUGGCAAAAUGUGGAAAAUCAGAAGGUUGUAGCUGGAUUUUUGAUAGAAUAGCGUUGGAGGGUCAUAAGUAGAAGGUUUUUCGCCACAGGUGAUGGGAGCCUGACCAAAAAUUGGUGCAUUUUUGGCCAAAACAAAAUUCGGGCAUUUUUUGAUCAAUGUUUGAUCAAUUUACUGUUUUGGCCAAAUUAUGAUCAAAAUGUGGUCAAAAAUCGACCAGAAAGAAGGUUUUUCUGAAUUUCAGCACUAUUCUAUCAGAAAUCUAGUCAUAACCUUCUGAAUUCACGAUUCUCCAAGUUUUCCACGUCAUAACUCAUUUUAGAAGUUGGGAUUUGUAGUUUUUGACAAAAGAAGCGUGAUCAGAAGGUCGAAAAACUUCUGAUCACGCUUCUGUUAUCAAAAACUACAAAUCUCAACUUCUAAUAUGAGUUAUGACGUGGCAAAAUUGGAGAAUCGUGAAUUCAGAUGAUUUUCUGAUGGAAUAGCGUUGGAGGGUCAUAAUUACAGAAGGUUUUGCUGAAAUCUGAAAGAUUUUCCAGAAAAGUUCAAGGGAUUACGAAGUUUUCUCGAUAAUCUUUCGAAUUUCAGCAAAACCUUCUGCAAUUAUGACGCUCCAACGCUAUUCUACCAGAAAAUCAUCUGAAAUCUAGUCAUAACCUUCUGAAUUCACGAUUCUCCAACUUUGCCACGUCAUAACUCAUAUUAUCAAUUGAUUUCCUGUAGACGCGUGCGGCUGUGCGUCGCGGUCGGGAAAUAAUUUUCCUAUUUCUUCCCGACCGCGACGCACAGCCGCACGCACAAAUCUCAACUUCUAAUAUGAGUUAUGACGUGGCAAAAUUGGAGAAUCGUGAAUUCCGUAUGAUUUUCUGAUAGAAUAGCGUUGUACAAAAGGUUUUGCUGAAAUCCGAACAGAAAAACCUUCUGUACAACGCUAUUCUAUCAGAAAAUCAUCCAGAAUUCACGAUUCUCCAAUUUUGCCACGUCAUAACUCAUAUUACAAGUUGAGAUGUUUAUGAAAAUACAAUUUCCAUUUCCAAUUUUCAGCCAAACCAUGCGAUGCAAGUUGCAAAAUUCUAAAAGACUGUGAAAUCGUCGCAAUUCUUCACAGCGAAAUCAAAAAAUCACCAGAGCUCCCAGCACAUUUCACAAAUUUCAUAAAAACUCGAAGAGCAUUCGAAAACCUGCUCAGGAAAUGGGGAAUUGUCGCUUUUCCAAAGCGAUGUUUCGAGCAGCACUUGCACAAUGUGCUUUUUGGUCUAUGACACUUUGAAAUACAUCAAUUAUAGUUAGUUUAUCUCUAGAAUUUGAACGAAAUCUACAAUUAAUUUCAGAUAUUCUGGAUAAUCCAAUGCUUGGAGAAGUCAAACAAGCAAUCCUAAGUGCCUGUGGAUUUUUAAAUCAAGAUCUGGUAAUUCCCAUGAAAUAAUUCCUCAUUUUGAAGUUUUUCUUGCAGUGUGAAGCUCUCUUUGAAGUUGAUACUUUUGGCGCCAUCAUUCAAGGUUUAAAAGAUUCUCUCGGUGGAUUUUAUGACGCAAUAGCUGUACAAGGCUUCGGAUGUCCUGGUUACAAUGAUUUGUUCACUAAAUGCUAA